AUGAUGGGUUCAAGUGCAAGUGACUUUGGGUGGGAUGAUGCUAAGAAGAUGAUUGUAGUAGAGAAGGGGGUUUAUAGCCAAUGGUGCAAGUCUCAUCCUACUACAACUGAUUUAUAUGGAAAAACAUUUCCACACGUUAACAACUUGGAUGUUGUAUUUGGAAAAGAUAAAGCAUCUGGUCAUGCAUCAGAAAGUCCAGCAAAACAUGCUUAUAAUAUCGUGAAUGAAUUUUUCCAAUCAACACAAGAGAGUAAGUUUAAAUUCAAUUUGAAUGAAGGUGAAGAGAAUUAUUAUGAGUCACAAGUACCAGAACCACCUACCUAUAAUGAUACUCAAGCACCAAGUCAAGUAAACCAAUCACAAUGUGAGAUUACUUCAAGUAAGAUUGGAAAAUGUGCAGGCAAAAGGGUAAAGCAUAAUGAUGAUGUUUAUGAUAGCUUAUUAACUUCAUUGAACCAAUUAAGUGAGUUUUAUGCUGGAAGUGUGGAGAAUAUGCAACAACUUAUAUCUUGUUUUCUGCAUAAAAAACACACGGCUGAUAGGAGGAAUCAAAUUGUCUCUAUUUUAAAAGAAAUAGAAGGAUUACAUGCGGUAGAUGUGGUAAGGACUGCUAUGCUUAUCACCAAAAACAACAAUCUUUGUGACUCUUUUUUCACUAUGGAUACUCAUGAAUUAAGGAAGGAGUUUCUGAAAAUUGUUUUAAGUAACACUAGUUCUUAG